CUCAGGGCUGUUGUUGUUAGCGCUGUUGUUGGCCGCGGGGCAGGCCAGGCGAACGGUUCAGAGGGACGAAAAAGGUGAUAUCUGCCUGGAGGUGAUCACUUUAUACACAUUCCGCUCACGAAGAGACCUCCUCGAAACCUGCUUCACUGCUCUGGGAGCAUUCCGUAAUCGACUGCAGCUCGAUCCACGCUCAAUUCGCCCACAAGCUAAUUACCUUAGCUAACAAAAAAUGGCCUCGACGAAAGCGAACUGCCCCGUGGUCGGCACGACCAAUACCACCCUCCCUCCCUCGCAUCCCGACAUCGACCUCUCCAAGCCCGGCCAGAUCUGCCCCGUCGUUGGCGCCACGACAGACCACCACGCGAACCUGCACAAGCACCCCGCCGUGCCGAUCCCCAAGGGCCGCUCUCCCUCUGACGCCUCGGCCUGCCCCGUGAUCAGCGGCCGGCUGGUGAACGAGGAGAAGAGCAAGGCGAUGGACGACGACGUGUGCCCCGUCGUCGGCACCGCGACGACCGUCCUGCCCCCCGACCACCCUCCCACCGACAACAAGGACGACGAGGCCGUCUGUCCCGUGACCAAGGCCAAGGUCGGACACCACAAGGGGAAGCUGCACGGGCAUCCGGAUGUCAGCCGCGCCGGCGAGGGAGCCGUCUGCCCGGUUUCUGGUGUCAAGGUGUGAAGGUGGGGUGGGGUGGGGUGAUGAAGAGGGGAAGGGGGGAAACAGUUGGAGGAAUCUAGGAUGGGAAUGGGAGGGAGGAUUAUUAGGGAACCUGGGUCAAGUUCAAUGACGCCAGCGCGCCAUGCUCGACAUUAAUUUACCGAGAUAAUCGAUAUUGGAUGUCUUGCUACGCCUGGACAA